UGUUAGGAAAAGUUACACAUUUAAAUCUUAACAUUAAACAAAAAGUUUAAACUAUUUCCAUAAAAUAUUAGACGACAAUAAAAAAAGGAUUUAAAUAAAAUGCCAUCUACAGAUGUUUUAAAACAUGUUGAAGAACAACUGGCCAAGUGUUCCACUGAAGUAAAAAGUGAAGAUUUUUGCUUGGAAGAUUCACCCGAUUGGUUUACCAAAGAUUAUUUAGAAUCAUGCUUGAGAUCCUAUUACAAUGACCAUAACUUGAAAUUGGUGAAAAUGCAUGCGAAAGCAGCUCUGGGCAAGGGAGAAAAUUAUGGUGGAGUUUUGACACGUGUCAAAGCCGAAUUCAAAACAAAUGGCUCCAAGUCACCGAACAAAAAAGGAAGCUACAUUAUAAAAACUUCCUUUGAGGGCGAUGAACUAGCGAUCAAAGCCAUGGAACCCUAUGAUAUAUUUAAUCGCGAAAUAAACGUAUACGAAGAAAUUUUACCAAAACUUAAGUUGCUACUCAAGGAAAUUGGCGACGAUGAGCAAAUUUUUGCCGAAACCAUGGCUGUGGAUAAAGUAAAAUCUGCUUUGAUUUUUGAAGAUCUUAACGAUAGAGAUUUUGUAAUGCCCAAUCGUUUAGAUGGCCUUGAUAUGGAUACUACUAAAAUUAUUUUACGAAAAUUAGCUAAAAUGCAUGCCAGCUCAGCGGUGCUAAAUGAGCGUGAGAACAAAUCUUUGGAAACCUACGAUUGUGGCAUGUUUAAUCGUCAUACGGAAAAUUAUGCACCCUGUUUUGUGGGCUGUCUUGAGGCUUGCACCAGACGUGUGGCUCAAUGGCCGGAAUUUAAACAAAUUAGUGAGAAGCUGACAGAGCUUAAUCCCCAAUUUAUGGAAUUGGGUAAACAGGUAUUUGAUCCCUUGCCCAAUCAUUUCAAUGUGUUUUGUCAUGGCGAUUUGUGGACCAAUAAUGUUUUAGUUAAAUAUGAUCCAAAGACGAAAAAACCUGUAGAUGUUAUAAUCAUUGACUUUCAAUAUGCAGUUUGGGGUUCACCGGCUAUUGAUUUAUUUUACUUUAUGAAUACUUCGUUAAAGGAGGAUUUGCAUUUGAAUAGACAGGAUGAAUUGAUACAAUUCUACUAUCAUCAUUUGCAUGACACAUUGAAAAAGUUAAAAUAUAAAGGAGACAUACCAAGUUUACACAAAUUCCAUUUGCAGCUGCAAGAGAAGUCAUUUUAUGCCUUCCACAGCUCCUGUGUGGUCCAGCCCAUACAACGGAAUGUUGUCAAUGAUGAUGCCGACUUUAAUGCUCUCAUGCAAACUGAUGAACGUGCCAUACGCUUCAAAAAUACUUGCUUCACAAAUCCCUACAUACAAAAUAACAUUCGAAAAUUAUUGCCGGUUUAUGAACGUAGAGGCCUUUUAGAUCCCAAUCAGUAAAGAUAAUAUCCCUAUAUAUAGAAAACAAUAUUCAUAAAAUAAUAUAAUUAUACAUUUGUGGUUAAGGUAGUCUAUAGUUAAUCGCUGUUGUAAUUUUAAAUUUAAAAAUAUUAUCUUUAAAUGUUUAAACUCUUUAAUUAGUGUAAAUACUGGUGUAUGAUUUAAAUAUAUUUAAGAUAAGAAUGUUAUUAUAAACUUUAUUAGAUGUUUGCAUAAUGUAUUAAAAAGAAAUGUGAUAAAGAA